UUAAAGAAUCAGCGAAGUAUUCAAAACCUCAUGUAAACCGAAAAACGUAUCCUCCAUCGAUGGCAACCAAAAACAAAAUCUCGUCCUUACUAAAAACCCUAAUCUCUUCCUUCUCAAACCAUUAUCCUAGUAACUCCUCUCUUCAAAACCUCACAAAUCCUAAUUACAACUAUCAAUCCUCAUCACCAUUCUCAACUUCAUUUCUCCGAACAAAAUCACCAUUUAAGAAAAAUAGGAAGAAGAAAGACACACCUAGAACUAAAUCAGUCCAACAUGAAUCACACCAAAUCCAACAUUUCGAACAAAUCGUUCAAAGAGAUAUUAGUUUUCGGUUCUUAACCCGAAGUAAAGAAUAUCUAUCUAAGCAACCACAGCACAUUAUUCGUCUGGAUGAUGCAGGUAAACUUUACCGUGAACUAGGGUUUCCUAGGGGUAGAAAAGUUAAUAAAUCAAUCGAUAAACAUCCUUUACUUUAUGAAAUUUAUAGACAUGUUGAUAAUAAAGUUUGGUUUGGGUUUACUGAUUUAAUGGAAGAUUUGAUUGACGAAGAGAAAAGAAUUAUGGAUUUAAUGGAGAAAGACAGGGUUAUUAAAGUAAUUAAGUUGCUAAUGAUUUCAGCUGAUAAAAGAAUCCCAUUAAGUAAGAUUUAUCAUUGUAGAUUAUUAUUUGGUAUUCCUGAAGAUUUUAGAGAUAGAGUUGAUAAGUAUAGUGAUUAUUUUAGAAUUGUUGUUGAAGAGGAUGGGAAAAGAAUUCUUGAAUUAGUUAAAUGGGAUUCGUCGUUAGCUGUUAGUGAAUUAGAAAGGGAAUACAUGUUAGAUGAAGAUAAAGUAAAGAAAACUUUCAAAUUUCCUGUGAAAAAUGUGAAAAAUCUGGACUUAGAUGAGGGUGAUGAAUGGAAGUUGAAUAUGUUGAAUACGCUUCCGCUUGUUUCUCCGUAUUCGGAUGGGAAGGAAUUGAAACUAUGGUCUUUAGAAGCUGAGAAAUAUAGAGUUGGGGUUAUACAUGAGUUUUUGAACUUGACACUAGAGAAGAAAGCUUCAAUUCAUCAUAUUGUUGAGUUUAAGGAGGAAUUGUCUCUUACUAAACAUACUUAUGAGAUGCUGAAGAAGCAGCCGAAAGCGUUUUAUCUUGCGGGUACAGAGAUGAAUUGGGUUGUUUUCUUGAAAGAUGGUUAUGGUGAUGAAGGGGUUUUAAUUAACAUAGAUCCACAAGUGGUUUUCAAUGAGAAGUUGUAUAGAUAUGCUCAAAACAAAGUAAUUGGGGAUGAUAUUUAGGUUCGAGAUUGAAUGUUUCGGGUGCUCUUUCUUUUGAUCUGAAGGUGAGUAUCCAAUUAGUGAGGGCAGAUUGAGGAUUUAGUUUAUGGUAAUAAAAGAAGCUAUCAUUAUGGUCACACGUGAAAGAUAUGGGUGGUUUUGGUAGUGAAGAUUUAUUGUAUGUCAUGGAUCAAAUUUUUAAAUUUGGUUCUGAUUAAUGAAAGCAGAUAGAUACAGUGUUGGUUAAUGGCAAGUGGAAUUUUCAUUUCCCGUAUGCGCGUUGUUGGAAAUGAGAUUAAGUGAACCGACAAUGGGUUGGGCUUAAGUUGGUCAGCGAUGGUUCUUGAAGGCGUGAUUGUCUUUCCUUUAUUUAUUCCAAGAGUGUGAAUGUCUCAGUGCUCUAUUCUCAAUUGGUCUGUUACUUCUCUUCGCUGAGCAAGCACCUACAAAUUCUUUGUGUCCCCAGUUUGCUAGCAAUUUUACGUCAAUAUCUACAGUUCCAAUUUAUAGCUAUGGUGAUGUUCUUUCUUCACACUUGCUGGGCUCCUUCAGAAUCACAUCAACAGCUGGUAGAAUUGUCCAUCUUUUUACUUGCAUUCGGUAUACAUUUAUCAGGGUCUUUCUUACAGUGUGGAUAGAUAUAAUGAGGAGAGUUAGGAUGACGUUCCUGCUAGACAGCCGAAAAAUUAGAUCCACUCUGAAGCAUGAAGAACCCCAAGAUGAGUGCACGCUUGCCACUUCGUUCCAUCUUAAUGUUCAUCCAAAAAUGUAAAGUGUAGAUGUUACUGCCCAGUAAUAACCUUAUAACAGGAGUACUGAUUCAUGUCAGACAUUUAACCGUGACUUUAUCUUUUAUUUUUGUCAGUAGUAUCAUAUAGGAUUUGUCAGAGCUCCUUUAGAUCAGAAAAUACAUUGAGGAUAUGGACUCAAAUGGAUAAGGAUGCGGUUGUGGGUUCACAUUUUUGUUUGAUAAAUUCACAGUAAAAAUAAAUUGUCUGAGCUGUGUAACUUGGUGACUCUCUGUUCAGUAAUUUUUCUUUGCAGUGCAGUGAUGCUUUGGGGGAGUAUAGUUGCAUACAUAUCCCUGAACACCAACGUUUAUUA